AGUUGAGUCUAGCUUCUAGGUUUUUCCGGCGGUUAUAUAUUUGUAGCCAAUCCCUGCUCACCACCUUUGAGAGUAGGUAGUUUAUGAGCCACGAAUUGCUUGCUCUACUGCCGACUAUUUUCCCUCUGUACUAGACUUCUACACGACAGGAAAAUGGAGGCGUCGGAAACUACUUCUCAGCCGUCCUUUGUGACGUCUACUCUUCUCGCCGUUGCUAUUGUUUUCCCGCCUCUGGGCACGUUCGCCGUAGGAUUGCAAUUUUACACCAAAUCGCUCAAGAAGCAGAAGUUGUCCAGUGAUGACUGGGUUUGUGCGUUGGCCCAGCUUGCUGCGUGGGGAAUCUCGGUCGAUAUUUUCGUGGCAGCAGGACUAGCAGGUGUUGACCAUACGUACCAAACUCUAGAUCCCAUUUCUUCUGCUAUUAUCUUUCUUCGUCUUCUGUGGAUUGAGGGGUUCCCCCUUGUAAUCAGUCUUACCCUUGUGAAGAUUUCUAUUCUUCUGUUUUACACACGAAUCUUCGCCACUCGGAAGUUCAGAUUGGCCGUGCACAUUUUUGUUGGGAUUUUGAUAGCGUGGUGUAUUGCUGUUUGCAUAUGUCAACUCCUUGCGGCUAAUCCCAUCCAAGAUGCUUGGAAUCCGCUAGCCAUCAACCCCCUGCGAUUUAACUAUAACGACUUUUCGCUUGCCUUCGCAGGUAUGAGUGUUGUCUUCGACGUCCUCGUACUUUGCUUCCCUAUCCCCCUCAUUCGCAAGUUGCAGAUGACCACGGCACGUAAGGCACAGGUCCUUGCUAUCUUCUGGCUCGGCAUCUUUUGUUGCGUCGCGUCCGCCAUACGAUUCUACUACCUCGAGGAAGAGAUCAGCGCGACGGUCGUCAGCACCGGCCAGGACCGCUACCUGAGGUCGGUGACGGCCUUUAUCUGGGGUACCGUUGAGCCUAACACCAGCGUUAUAGCUGCGUGUCUGCCGUGCUACGCUCCGCUCUUCGCGAAGCAUCGCGGGCUCCCGACGCUGUUCGCGAGCUUCGGAUCCCUGUUCAGCAGUUUCAGGAGUCGCGACAGCAGAGCGAGGGCGAAGAAAGGCAGUGCUUUGCUGGAAACCGACGACAGCUAUCAACUCCAGAAACCAACUGCCAGCGCGUCUAGGCAGUGGGACGAUUACGACGGGGCUCAACCGUCCUAUAAUAUUGAUACAGAGCGAGGAUACAGGUUUCAGAGCGGACAAAAGCCGCACGGAUAUAUCCAUCCUUCUCAAAUCGAGGUUACACGAGAGUUCAUAAGAACAGACUAGGAAUCCGGGCUACUAAACCUCUUUGGGGCUCAUGAAAAAGUGUUCCGAAUGUAUUAUAUCAUAUCCUUUGUACAAAUGUAGUGUUAUUUCUAUACUUUCCUACAACCCUAUAACUUCUUCAUGUUAAAGAACGUUCGUCACGCAGAACACGUAGUCCAAUAUCCUCAAGUAUAUUAUACCCCAGCUGUUUUUACUAGUAAAAUAGAUCUAUUUUUC